GUCAGAUGUUAUUCAAUAUGCAACGGUUGAUACACAGAGAGAUCAGCCAAGAGGAUCUUCUGAGGAGAUCAAAAUAUAUACAAAUUCCAAAAGCAGAUCUAGAGCUCACCAUAACACAGUUGAUUCUAUGCACAUUCCGUAGAAAUGGGUACGAAUUGUCAAUUGGAUUGUAUGGAAGAUUAAACAAAAUUUCCAAAAGGACAUCGAUCUGCUGCUGCUGCAAGUUGUUGCCACCUUUUCUGUGAGCUCUACAUGUGCAUAGAUCUAGCGAAUCCUAUAUCAUCCGUUUGCUCAAAUUCACUUUCUUCUUCGUCGUCGUGAAGGCUUCACCAACAGCCAGCUGCAGCUCUAGAUCUUUCUCGCUCACGUUGCAGACGGUAUCUUCGAUUCGAGGGACUAGCUCGCGGCCUUGUCCUUUUCCUGGAGCUCUGGAUCACCGGCUCGCUUGGUUUGUCUCCAUGUAAAAUUGCGUAGCGCUCGCAUUUUGUUGUAAAUCAUAUACGAGACAGGGAAUUUGUUGGCUCCUUCAGCAGCAAAGUUCACGGCCAUGAUCAAUGCCAUGAGCGGUUCCAGGAACAUCAUUGGCACCGACGACCACCUUGUGGCUUCUGAAGGCUAGCCCGAGGGCUGUCGAGUUCAACAAACCAAAGCUCCACCAUGAUCCCGUCUGCUGCUGGGCUCUGCAGCUUAUAAGACUUCCUCGCGGUAGGCAGGCAGGCCGGCGGGCGGGCACAGACGAUGUACAGGCGGAUCCGGACGAGCGAUCCGGGGAGAUCUGAUCAAUCGGAACUCAUAGCAUAUCGUCGCCAGGAAUUAUGCAGCUUGAUCAGGUGGCGAUAUUUCCCGAAUGUUUUUGCUGGUCGCCAGCAUUUUCAACUCGUUUACGAUGUGCUGCAUGGUGGGCGUGAUUGCAACUGCUGAUCACGCUCCUGGUCAGGGACUUGUCCCCUGAUUUUUCCAUCAUCUCCUGCAGCUGGUUCCCGGAACCUCAUGCUGCAUCCAACCCUCCUGUUCAUUGUACAGGCCUUAUAUCCACAACGAUCCGAGAUUCUGUACCAGAUCCGACAUUCUGGACCUUGAACGUCGCCCGUCAUCGAUCCGGGUCCACCUUCGGGAGCCCUGCCGGCCGAAGCCAGCAAGGCCGACACCCUUUUAUAUUCCGGGCUUGUCUUGACAUUCCUGUCGUGCUCUGAUCUGAUCCGCCAUAUUCACAAACUCCCAUCACUGUGACUGCAGACGGCUGGCUCAAGCCGCUGAAUCACAUCCACGCUCAUCGUGAAGCUUGUGCAGGACGUUUACUCGGACUCUGAUGAUUGAAGGCAUCCGAGCUCGCUGCAGCCAACAGUGGACCGUGGCCCCGCCUCCUCGAUGCUCCUCCAACUGACUCGUUGCACUCCGAACGAAGGUUUACUCCUAAACAAUUGCAGAUGAAGAUGCUUUCCGGUAAAAGUCAACAAUUGCUGCUCGUCUCGACAAGGACCUAUGGACGUAGAACCACUUGUGUAUGGACUCAGCAUACCCAUUUCUCAAAUACGACUUUUCUAGCUGACCAGACUGUUAGGUUUGUGUGUGUGAGCUCCGAGGUCAACUCCAGAGGAUGAUUCUCUCGCUUAAAUUCAGCCAACUCUCCUCGGACGGGGUCACGACGACCCCAAGUCAGUGCUGAGAAGAAUAUUGAGAAUGAUAAACAAUGACACUCGCCUUCAGAGUUGAAGAUCACAACUUUAGUGUGCAGCAGGCGAGAAACAUGUGGAUGCUUGGAGGGAAUUAAGAACCUUUUUAUUUGCAACUCUGGUUCAAGUUUGUCCAUACAUAUGGACGUCCAUACAUAUGGACGAAUCUCACGCUAGGGCACUGGUUUGGAUGAAUAUUACUUUGCUUAUGGAUGAAUACAAGAGUAGCAGCUACAGGUAUGAAGCAACAGUAGACCGACCUCAGCAAGCUCCUCAACCAAGUUAAACCCUUCAGGGUAAGCAUCGAUCAUAGUAUGAGGGUGUGUAGCUCUAACUCAUUCAUCAGGGCCAGCAGGUCGUUUCGAAGGAGGUGCAUUCCACCGGCAGGAUGGAGCAAUGUUGAUUUCGGCCAUUAUCUGCACUCACGUGCUUCUUCUCUCUUGUGGCUGUUGACUGGAAUGGGUGAGCGGCGGUAAAAGAAAGCCCAUGGAAUUUACCAUCAACCUCAUACUCCAGUGCUCAGUUCACGUGCAGUGCGUUCUGAGACCGCAGCGGAGAGAGGAUGAAGCUCAUACAGGAAGUGAGUCCCAUGACUCCGAUCUCCACUGUAUGUAAAACGGUGACAUGGCGCGCCGUCCAACUACUUUCGUGUAUCGCACUCUUCGCAGUUUUCCUUCUUGUGGACUGGAGAGGUCCGUCCCUUCAGUUCCAGUCAUGGAUCGGAGAGACGGAAUCUGCUACAACAGAUGCAGGUGUCCACUCUCGUGCCCAGCACAGCUUCGGCAGUGAGAACGUCCAGCUCGAAAGAGACUAUCUAUUUCUGCACAACUGGUCAGAUGACGAGCUUCUGCAGCGUGCUGAGGAGAUGGAGCUCCAGCUGCAGCUGCAGGGGGAAGGAGCACCAUCCAGCAUUUCGGAUCAUGACUCAGCCACGGACAAGCUAAACGGAGGAGCACGAGGAAUGCCUUCCAAAAUUGCCUUCCUCUUUCUGACAACCACCGGACUUGCACUGGAGCCACUCUGGAGAAGAUUUUUCCAGGGGCACGAGGGGCUUUACAACCUCUACGUUCACAGCGACCCUUCAUGGCUGCGAUAUCACGGCUCCCACCGGAACCUGGGCAUGUUCUGGGGGCGGACUGUGCCCAGCGCCGUGACCCAUCGCUCGGACCCAGACGUGGUGGCAGCAGAGCGCAGGCUCAUCGCCAAUGCACUUCAAGACGAUCGCAGCAACGAGUGGUUCGUCCUGGUUUCCGACACCUGCAUUCCCCUGCUCAGCUUCGGCUCCAUGUACCUUCGUCUGAAUGCAACCUCCAGCAGCUUCAUAGACUGCGGGAAGGGAGCUCCCGGGCCUAUGAUGAUGUCAAGGUACAGGGCUCGAGGAGAUCAAGCCAUGCUUCCGGAGGUUCCCUUCUCGGAGUUCAGGCUGGGCCUGCAGUUCUUUGCCAUUAGGAGAAGGCACGCCGUCAUGGUGAUUCGGGAUAGAAAGUAUUGGCCCAAAUUCAAUCAGCCUUGUGUUCGGCCGGCGUGCUAUCCUGACGAGCACUACAUCCAGACUGUGAUUGGAAAUCUGGACGAGCCUGCGUGCCAGGGGACUCCCACCUUUGUGAGCUGGAAUGGAAGCAAGGGAGGCCAUCCUCAGAGCUUCGGCAGAGAGGACAUCACCCCGAACCUCAUCCAAGCCUUGCAAGCUUCUCAGAAUGGUCGAUUCCUUUUCGCCAGGAAGUUCAAACGGGACGCUCUGGAACCUCUUCUGGCUCUCGAUGAUUUGCUCUUCGACAGAUCGAAUCCAUGAAGCCAUGCACGACCGCAUGAACUCAUGGCUCUUAAACCCCCGAUCGCCCUACUUGGAGUCUGGAUGAUGCAUGCGCUCGACGAGCUUCGAGAAUCCAAGCUGCAGGUCUCGAAAUGCACGUCUAAGUCACACACUGACAGACAUGAUAUAUCUGACAGGCAUUGCAGGCCAAAUUUCAGACACUACAAAGUCAAAUCCAUACGGGUGCCAUCACUGGUGUGAGAGAUAGGACAAAUUUUGUUUGGGAGGUUUAUGCAAAAAAACAUCUCCUCCGACUGAAAAUAUUGGAAGCUUGUUGAGUUCGCAUAGGCUGUAGCCAUCACUAGAAUUCGAGAGGUUACGCCACCUGUUUUGACAGUAUCACCCCUUGCCUGUGUACAUGUAUGGACACACUUCACGCUUGGACAGAGCUCGCAGCAAUGUCUAAAAUGGGGGAACAGAGCUUCAGAGUCAUUCCUCGGGUAAAUUGUCUCGUUUGCUACACCUACAGGCAUUAGAGAAGUCGCAAGACCGACAAGACAGCGCAGCUUUAGAACAGAUCAGUCGCUGGGCGAAAACUCACUAUUUGGGAUUCCGGACUCCAAAAAUCAGAACUCCCCUCGUGCAUCCGUGCACGCUGAUGCUCUGAAAUCAUUCGAAGUCCGAGCCGAGCUCGAGGUAAACUCAUGUCAUAGAAAAGCUUAAUACGACGUAACCUGAAAAGGUGUUGAUUUUUGACAGUCGAUCCAGUACACAGUGAACCCACCCUGCAUG